UAAUACUUAGUGGAAAUCGAAACUCAGGAGUCUAUAAAGUGAGCUGUUGUGGAAACAGAGCUGGGACACAAGCGGGAGGAGCCGCAGAGGAGAAUACAUUCCUCUAUUUCGUCCGUUUUAUUCCAUAAAUUUCCAUCAUUGUCGACACUCAUGGAUGCUGGAAACUUCGUCGCCAGACUGAAUGAAUACGCGCAGAAGAACCGAAUUCAGCUCAGCUAUGACUUCCUGGGCUCUGACGGUCCUGACCACAAUAAAACAUUCUCCAUGAGAGCUGUUGUAGACGGUGAACCUUGUCCUCAAGGAGAAGGGAAGACCAAGAAGGACGCAAAGCAGGAUGCAGCUAAAAAUGCCCUGGCAUGCUUGAUGGAAAAGAAGAAUCAGAACACCAACAACUCAACAGUAAAUACAGCAAACACUUCUACUGCAGCAGCUCUUCAGAGUCCCAGAAACCUGAACUACAUCUGCUGGCUGAACGAGUACGGUCAGAAGAACAGGCUGUCUGUUCGGGCUGUGGAGUCAACGGGAGUGGGAGCCAAUUUUGCCACUCAAUGCUGUUACUUCGUGGUUGGUGAUAAAGAGUAUCCAGCCGCCAGCGGGGCUACAAAGAGGGAGGCUAAAGAGAAGGCAGCCAAGAUCGUUCACGAUGAGAUAUCUGGUAUCAGAAACACAGAGAUGCUGACCACAUCAACAGUACCUACAGGUGGAGCCUCGCCAAAGUUGUCGGCACGAUCAGCUCCACGUGAAUCAUCACCACAGAGCACGACAACAAGCUCGAGUGAGUGGGUGGUUUUCACUGAUUCAAACUCCUCUAGGGCUCAGAUGUCCUCCAGGUUGUCUGAAUAUGGAGCAUCAAGCAGGGAGUGUUCUUCAUCAUCACCAAGUAUGCAGCAAUAUAAUUACAGCUCUGGAGUGUUCACCAAUUCACCCAGCACUUCUAUGGAUGAGAUUAACCAUCUUAUUGAAAUGUGGAGACUUGACACUCCACAAAAACAAAAAGAUGGCAGCCAAAAAGCCAGACUUCAGGCUCUUAAACCGCUGCCAUCACAGCAUCAGAGAACAGAAACGACUCAGAAUGGGACAUCAACCACAUCAAAGUUUACCACAGACUUUGACUCCAUCAAGAAUAUUAGCAGUGGAGCCUUCGGUUGUGUUUUCAGAGUGAGAGAUAAAUUAGAAGACAAGUAUUUUGCUGUGAAGAUUGUCUGUUCAGGGGGGAAAUCUCUCCGAGAAGUACGUACUUUAUCUGACCUCCAACACCAGAACAUUGUUAGAUACUACACAUGUUGGGAGGAAGAUGAAGGAUACCACUGGGACACUUUAGGCCGCAGUUCCCACUCUCCCCAGUUCAUCAACACCUCGCCUCCAAAGUUCCUCUACAUUAAGAUGGAGCUAUGUGACACCAAAACCCUUGAAAACUGGAUUCAAGAGAAAAACGAUCAGUCUCUGCCAGACUGUAAGAGAAGAGAAAAAAGCCUCAGCAUUGCUCUACAGUUAUUCAGUGGAGUCGAGUACAUUCACUCCAUGAACCACAUCCACAGAGACCUGAAGCCUGCAAACAUCUUGUUUGGUGUGGACCGAAGGGGGAGAAAGUUGAAGAUCGGGGACUUUGGUCUGGUCACCAGAGACGAUCCUUUGAUGGACAGAACAGUGGGACAGGGAACCCCAAGUUACAUGGCACCUGAACAAAAAACUGGGAGGAAUUAUGACCGAAAAGUGGACAUUUUUUCUCUGGGCUUGAUUUAUUUGGAACUCCUCUGGAAACUCUCAACUGGCAUGGAAAGAGCAAAAGUUUUUGAAGAUGCCAGACAGCAGAAGUUCCCCUCGGAGUUUCCUCAGAGAUUCUUUGAAGAGAAGGAAAUCAUCAAGUCCAUGCUGUGUGAGAGGCCAGAGGGUCGACCUGAAGCGAGCGCAGUGAAAGCCCAGCUGGAGACGAUGGCUCAAGCAAUCAAGGCACAAAGAACUGUCUGAUCACCCGACAGGGAUGGUUGUAAAUGCUCUCCUGUCAUGUCCACUGGGAGAUAUGACUCUCAGGUUUACUCUUAGGUUUGGUACUGUGGUGGACGGAUCAACACAAAUGACUUGAUAGGAUAUUAAAUCAGAAAUGUGAGGAUUUGAGACUUGCUCUGCUGAAUUUGCUGGUGGACCUCACUUGAUUUUGACUUGGCUUUCACGCCUUGACAUGCGAUUCGAGUCCUGAUUUAGAGGACUCGUGACUGAUGACUCAGACUCGAGCUAAAUGCAUUAGGACUCAGGGUUAAAGAGGAGGACUCAAACAUUUUUUUCAUAAAAAGUUUAUUUUGUAAUAUUUUUUGUUGUUUUUGUGUGCAUAAAAAACGCUUAAUAACUGAUCAGAUCAGUUUAAGUUUCAUUAAUUACGUUUAAACUUUGUUGAUCAGCUUUAUCUUUAUGUUUUUUUGCUGCUGUUGCUUUAAUCAGCUCUCUCUUGAUUAUAGGAACCAGUUUCUCAAUGAAAUUAGAAAUCUUCAUGCAGGUUACAUCCAUUAAAUAGUAGAAUUUUGUAUUAAUCAUGGAAUGAAAUAAAGAGUUUAAUAAAAGA